AUGUAUGAGUUAAACAGCCAUGAAGAUCACACAUCUUUUCUCGCUGGUCUUGCUGAUGAAGAGUUCUAUGUUGCUUCCGUCACAGCUGAUGAAGAGGCUUACAUUUUCUUGACUUGCGGCAGCACCGACUACUCAAAGGUGGUGCCAAGAACACACAGGCAGAACUGCAAGGCUUUUGAUAAUGGUACAGUUACAAGGCGAAUAAAGACAAUAAUUAGCGGAGCACAGCCCAUCAAAAGGGACACAGUGAAGGAUUGCUACACCGGUGAUCGUCUGGUAGGCAAUGCCCAAAUGAAGAUUGUGGACGAGAAAACUAAUACGGUAAUCACGUCCAAAAACCGCGCUGGGAAAUUGCUGUUUAAAGGUGGGACGGUCUUGCGUCAUUACAAGGGUGUUGAUUCUUCCACCAGUGGCGCCUUUACAGAAGACGGAUGGUUCGAUUCAAGUGAUAUGGGAUAUGUCGAUGAAUCUCGCGGUCUGGUCGUCAUUGGGAGGACUUCAGAUUUCAUCACGUCUGGCUCUGCUGUGGUCCACCCCCAGUGGCUGGAGGAGUGGAUCAUGAAAUUGCCCGGGGGUCGCCUCAGUCAUCGUUACGAUAUUAACAAAGGCAUCACAAUACCCCCAGGAAUUCCGCACCCAGUCAAGGUCAAUGAACUGUGUGUUUGUGUUGUCAGGGAGAAAUCUGCAAACCUGACAGAACAGGAUCUGCAUACGUUUUGUAACCAGAUGUACUUCGAUACCCACAUCUCCCCAGAAGAGGUUCCGGAAAAAUUCUUUUUCACUGAAUCAUUUCCGCUGACCUCCACGGGAAAAACGUGGAGAAAAAUGAUGGAAAAACAGGCCACUGAACACUUCCAACAGCUAACAAUUUCAUGA